AUCUUAUCUUACAAAAUAAGACCAGAACGUGUCAUUGAUACGAACCCAAGGAAUGAUAAGGUAUGAUAAGGCUGACUCAGAAUCAACUUCAGCUGCUGCACAGCAAAACAACACACCAUAAAACUGCGGCAGUGAUAGAUAAAGGAAUUUUAUGUACAACGCGGCUUCAGGCCUGACAGAGAGACAGGCACGCACAUGUACCUACAUACAUACAUGCCUACAUACAUACAUACACCCACAUAAACCAGCAGCAACAAUUGUCCGUUGUCACUCAAAAAAGCAAUCCAGCAAAAAAACAAUAAUAUAUAUGCCGCACAUUCAGGCAAGACGUCUCUUCACUUCUGCCCUCAAUUGCGAUUUUCUCUCUUUCUCUCCCCUUCUCCCCAUCUCCCAGCGAUAGAAAUUUAUGCCUACCGGAACCGUACCCGUCGCAACCAGGAGAGAAGCACCCGGCCCGGGCGAUACAGUACCGGAUAACAAACAAGCCUGCACAACAGCACGCAACGCAACAGCAGAAAGGGAAGCUGUGGAUGUGGAGUCCGCCCCCCCGGAGGAGGAAAGCAGGGGCCCUGAAACCACCCAUUCACCGCAGAAAGAGAAAAUGGUGAAUGAGAAAAUCGCCGUUAAGCUCAACACACCAAUAGACGGCGUGGCGGAGAUGGAGGAGAUGGAGGACCAGGUCGUCAUCUGCCCGCCCGCCCAGACCACCUACCCUAUACCGCCACUACCGGGAUUUGAACACCACCAGGACAUCCCCCCCCUCCCACGGCCUCCUCCCUCCACAACACAUACAUACACACGGACACAAAGGACCGCCGGGCGACUGGUAAUCAAGCAAAAGCCAUCCUGGUCGCGAAACUGA